UUCAUAAAGCAACAAGGAAACCGAGCAGAACAGGCCUCCUCGCGCAUCCUCUGCAAUUUGGUUCUGCCUCUUGAAACGAAGAGCUAGGGUUUCCAAUGGCGGAGCACUUGGCAUCCAUAUUUGGCACCGAGAAAGACAGGGUGAAUUGCCCUUUUUAUUUCAAGAUCGGAGCUUGCAGGCAUGGAGAUCGAUGCUCGAGACUCCACACCAAGCCCAGCAUAAGCCCCACUCUGUUGCUCUCCAAUAUGUACCAGCGUCCCGAUAUGAUCACCCCUGGCGUCGACGCCCAGGGUCAACCAAUCGACCCCCGCAAGAUUCAGGACCAUUUCGAGGAAUUCUAUGAAGAUUUAUUCGAGGAACUAAGCAAAUAUGGAGAUAUUGAAAGCCUCAAUGUUUGUGAUAACCUCGCCGACCAUAUGGUGGGCAAUGUGUACGUUCAGUUUAGAGAGGAAGAGCAUGCUGCAAAUGCGCUUAAGCACUUAACUGGAAGAUUCUAUGCUGGCCGGCCAAUUAUUGUUGACUUUUCUCCUGUAACGGACUUUCGUGAGGCCACCUGCCGGCAGUAUGAGGAGAAUACCUGCAACCGUGGUGGCUAUUGCAACUUCAUGCACUUGAAAAGAAUUAGCAGGGAGUUGAGGCACCAAUUGUUUGGGAGGUACCUCAGAAGGCACAGUAGAAGCAGAAGCAGGAGUCCUUACAGGCAUCGAAGCCAUGAGGAACGAUCGCAUCAUAGUCAUAGCAGAAGGCAUGAUGACAGAGACUAUUAUCACGAAAGUCGAAGCAGGAAACACAGGAGUGUAAGCCCUAGGCAUCGGAGGGGACGAAGUCGCAGUCGAAGUCCUAGAGGGAGGAAGAACCGCAGUCCUGAAAGAGAAGGCAGUGAGGAGAGACGUGCCAGAAUUGAGCAAUGGAACAGGGAGAAGGAAGAGCAAGAACAUGCAACGAAGGUUAAUGCUGAGGAGAACAACAACAGCAGCUUCAAUCACUCUGGCCCCCUGCAAAAUGGUAAUGAGUAUAAACAGCGGCGGCAACCUCCUCAAGAGGCAGGAUAUGGAUACUGAUUUAUAUUUGUGCUAUCCUGGUGGUGCAGGUUCAGGUAUCCCUGCUUCUGAGGACCGAGGCAUUGAUUUAAUUGCAGUUUACCAUGAAAUUUGUGUACAGGUUUUCGGGAGCACUCUGGCGGCACAUGAUUUAACGGAAUCUUUCAGGUUAUUAAUAUGGGGAUGUCUUCAACCGCAUUUCCUACCGCAAAGAACCAUGUUAGGAUGUAACGGAGUCGGUGGCGCUAUCUGCUACAGCAUAUGGCAUUUCUUAUUAUAGGCUUAAGUAGAACUGAUGUUUCUGUCUGUAGAAGGGAUGAGGACAUUGGCUUUUGAACACAGGAACACUCGUUGGUACAAGUUGUUAUUUUAGAAUGCUGGUUUGUGCAUUUUGA